AUGAAUCUCCCAGACAAGAUCCUCGAGAAACGACUCGCCUUUUAUCCGCUCUGGACCCUGCCAAUUCACGGCCUCAUUCGCUCUUUUCGCAGUAUCACCUCGCUCUUUCGCAGAGCCUUCUUCCUCCUGAAUAUCCUGGAUUCUAUAUUCCUAGAAUCUGGGAUACCCAUCGCCUCCACGCCUCGGAACUCGGGGAAAAACCGUGACUGGGCUGUCCUCAAUUAUCGUCCGCGAGACUCUAGGGCACCGCAAGACGCAGUAUUUGAUACAAGCUGGGAGAAUCUCUGUUUAGCAGGAAGAUUUGAUUUCAAAAAAACCACUUUUACGGUCUUCUCUCAGUAG